AUCGUCUUUCGUGAAACUCCAAAAGACAACGCCCUACUGUGGGACUUGUCAUUCGAAAGGCGCAACUCCAAGCAAUUUACACAAUCUACCCACGCACUCAACCAAUAACAUCAUCCCGAUAUACACGCCUCAACCAUGGCCUCACCCAGCACAGAAAUGCGGAAUCGCCGCUGGACGAGAGACUCGUACCUCAUCUCGACAGAUGCAUCUCUCGUCUCCGUCACACAACUCAACGCUGCAUUCGCGUCGGAAGCCGUCUACUGGACCAAAGCCAUACCGGGGUCCUUCGUGAGAGAAAUGCUGGAAAACUCACUCUGCUUCGGCCUCUACGACACCACCACUUCUCAAAAAGAAUCCAGCAGCAGCAGCGGCACCGAGUCGAAGGAGUACCAUCAAUUGAUCGGUUUCGCGCGUGUCGUCACCGACUUUGUAUCCUUUGCCUACACCACGGACGUGUGGGUUGACCCCACGCUCCAAGGCAAAGGCUUAGGAAGAUGGCUCGUGGGAUGCGUGCAGGAGGUGCUCGAGCCGAUGCCGUACCUGAGGAAGAGCGUGUUGGCUACCGAUAGCUGGGACAAGUCUGUGCCAUUUUAUGAGAAGAUGAUGAAGAUGAGCGUGAUUGGCGGGCAGCCGGGAGGCCAGGCGAUCAUGCAGAUGAAGGGGAAGGGGGCGCCUGGGUACACUGGAAAGACCGACUAAAGGCUCA